GUGUGUGUGUUAGUGUCCCCCCUACUCCAUCCCUCCACCCACUAUCUCUUUACAGGACCGCCAGCCCGUCUAGAGUUAUUCCAGGAAUGCGUUGAACAUGGCUGCCGCGAUGAAGGCGCAGAAAACGGGUCUGCUCGAACUCCGAGUGACCGUGGACCGCUGGAUCCGGGUGUUGGCCACUCUUACCGAAGACACGCUCACGGUUAACCCCGGGGAGGGCGUCGAGGAGCCCGCGAAGCCCAACUCGAGUCUCGCCGGUAUAAUCAACGGAGACCCCCCGAACCUGAGCUUGUCCCCGGUCCCAGAAACCAUCACCAACGUGAAGCGCACCGUGCGAGUUACCAAGCAAGACGUCGGAGGACUCGGAAUCAGUAUCAAAGGUGGGAAGGAGAACAAGAUGCCAAUCCUCAUCUCCAAGAUCUUCAAAGGCCUGGCUGCCGACCAGACGGAGGCGCUCUACGUCGGCGACGCCAUAUUGUCCGUCAACGGGUUCGACUUACGGGAGGCCACGCACGACGAGGCCGUGCAAGCGCUGAAGAAAACUGGCAAAGAAGUCGUCCUCGAAGUGAAGUACAUCAAGGAGAUGUCGGCUUUCUUUAAAAACUCGGGAUCCCCCGGGGCCGCCCUCCCCUGGGACUCUCCCCCCUCCACGCCUCAGAGGGGCACUGAACUCUUCCCCGCUGAGGUGACGGAGCCCUGCAGCGUCCCGCUGAAGAUGUGCCAGGUGUCACGGAAACAGUGCCCCCCGGACACAGAGAACAGGUAUUUCGAGGUGAUUUCAUCCAGCAGGAAGAACUCUGUGUUCCUGCGGGCCAAGGACCCGGCCAUGGCUCAGUCCUGGUACAACGGCAUCCUGGCCGGCGCCGCCAACCUUUUACCCCGAGUUCGGGAGGAGAUGAAGAGCAUGCAACUUGGCGUGGAGGUCAAACAUCUGGGCUGGAUUACAGAGCAGGUGACCCAGGGUCCAGAGAAACCGGUGCUGGCCAUGCUGACCGACAGAGACCUGCUCCUGUAUCCCUCUUUGCCUGAAAGCAAAGAGAGCCUCAGCAGCCCCACCAAGAGUCACCCGCUCAUUGCGACCAGACUGGUGCACUCCGGACCGGGGAAGAGUUCCCCUCUCCUGGACUCUGACCUCUCGUUCGGCCUGCGUUCGGGCACCAAGCAAGGCGUGGAGACCCAUGUGUUCAGGGUGGACUCUGCCAAGGAGCUGUCCACCUGGACUCAUCUGCUGGUGGAGGGUUGCCACGAUGCUGCGGAGCUCAUCAAGGAGGUCACCACGGCCUGCAGUUGGAAUGGGAAGGAGUGCACCCUGGGAGUCCACAUUGAUGAGGGGUUCACACUAUUCACAGAGGAGAUGGGUGUGAGGAAGAGUAUUCUGCUCCAGCAGCCCUUCGAGCGCCUUAGAAUGUCCUCGGAUGACGGAGUUCGCAUGAUAUUCCUCGACUUCGGAGGCCCAGGCGCCGAGAUUCAACUGGACCUCCAUUCUUGCCCCAAGACCAUCGUCUUCAUCAUCCACUCUUUCCUGUCCGCCAAGGUCAAGCGACUGGGCCUCCUGGCGUGAUGACGGUCAACCAUCUGGAACAUCAAAGAUAGGAAUAUUCAUUCAAACACACGGCCGGAAAAAGACUCGCCGGAGGAUGCAGCCCAGGAAAAGGUGCCGACUCGCCACUUUCUUUCAGCCCUCCUCGGCCUCCGAGAGGAUCGGCUCUGGUCGGGCACCCGUUGCUCUUUCUCGGGGAAUGAAUAGAAGACCGCAACAAUGAUGGACCCUUUUUAUUGAACUUGUAGUUUUACGGUAAAGAGAGUUUUCACAGCAACCACUUUGGGGAUCUUGCAUCUGUCGAAUCCUUUACGGUGGGUCAUCACGCGUUAUGAUGGCAAACUGUGUGAAGUGACAGCCUGCCUCCGAGCUUGAAAUCCCAACCAUUUCAUGGUUUUUUUGCGCCAUUGUUAAGUUCUGUUUUGUUUCACGAGUCCCGGCAGGCCUUUGUACUGAGCAUCCUUUCAUCCUUUCAAUCGUUGCUUCAUGCGCUGUGAGCAGUCAUAACAAUAAGUUAUUUCACAAAUGUCCUGAUUGAUGUCGGACUAACUUUUGUUCUUUUUUUCUUUUUUCCUUUUUUUUCUUCUUUUUCUUUUUACAAAAGCAGCUUUAGUGGAGUGACAGAAUGACAUGGCUAAUGACGAUCCAUUAUGAUCGAUAAUCUGAACUGAACAAUGUACACGACACAACUAUAACCAUGUGGUUUGUAUGUGAAUGUUUAAGUUGCCUUUCCCUUGGAUUUUCACGAAAGAAAGCUACAUACUUUUUAGUUAAAAUAUAAUUUUCCCUGCAGCUCAACAACUUUUUAUUUUACUCUCCUCUCGUUCUCUUUUCGUCUGUUUUAAAUGUGCUCAUCCAUAGCCUAACAAACAGAAAUGACUAACACAGUAUAUUAUGAAAAGGUUUUUAGCUUAACCAGUAAAUGAGAUAAGAACGUGUAAUUAUCCUGACAAGAAAAGACACCUUCCUUGAAUCUGGAUGCCCGAGUCAGACAUUAUGACCCAUGUGAAGUACAAAAUAAAAGCUCUCGUGUUUUUAGAGUUUACCAAGAGAGGUUGUUUCAUAAUCACGUGUUGAUGGAUGACAAACGUUUGGCUCAGAGUGCCACUGCAGCUAAACUUCUUUUCCUGUAGGGUUAAGCUUUCAAAGAGUUCACAGAGUUUUAUAGUACAGUUUAUUUUUCUUCUUCCAUUUUUCAUGAUUUAAUCACAACAGAGGACUAACAAUCUUCAUCAGAAAGCAACGAUAGUCUAUUUUCUACACAAAUUGUCCUCAUUUAAAUGAUAUUUUACCAUAUGAAAGAUGUUGAGUUGUUUACAUCAGUGUUUUUUCUUUCUUUUUUAAAAAUGUGUGUCGACUGAACAUCAACAAAUCGGGGCCUUCUCUCUGUGUCCAACACUAAACAGACUUGUAUUAAUAUAUAUUUCAAAACUAAAAACCUGUUUGCUUUCAAGAAUAAAAUGUAUUGUAUAUUCUUAUUUAAACAAAUGUGUGCCUUGCAAGGUUGUUUGUAUAUAAACAUGUAAUAAACUUUGUUAACUUU